AUGAAGGAUUGGCAGCAGACAUGUCAACCAAGCAACACAGACAGUAUUAUCGGGAAGUUAAUGUGUUUUGAUGAAGUGCAGGCCCCACAGAAGCCCUCCAAUGGAAAAUACAGAGCACUAUCUGAAAGCUAUGUCCGGAAUUCUGCUUCUGUGGGCCUUCGAUGGGGCAGUUUCAUUGCUACUGGGCAUCAAAUGAAGGGCGAAUCUGGACUACACAUUUCCAAGAGCAAUAAUGAUGACUUUUUAGACAAAUGUGUUGAAAAGGAUGUACGAAGCCAAAAACGUCCAAGUGCUUCAAGUCAUGCCCUUAGAUACAUGCAGAAAUAUGAGCAGAACUCACUUUCAGGUCACCUUGUUGAGCUUGGUGUUGAUUACGUGAGAAAAUCAUCAGAAACCCUGCCAAAUACAAGUACUGCAAUAAAGUUGAAGCCACAUUCCAAACAACGAUACAUAGAACACAGGGAUUCCUUGAAAAGUGGAAGUGGAAAAGACCACCAUCACAUAGCAACGAGUAAAGAGCUGGUGGCUAAUGACAUCGUGUCUCGUGGAUAUAGCUGUAGUGCAUGCACUAAAUCUAUGAGAAGAAUCCCUCAGCAAGGAAGGCCCAGAAGCAAAUUCGCGCAGUUAUCAAGGACCGGGCAUUUGUGUGACAAAAGCUUAAUGGAUGAAGUUGAGGGGCUGGUACUUUCUACUCCUGAUGAGAAUGAUUUUAAGGGUUACAGCCUUGGUCGACAUCGUUCAGUUGAUAAAUCAUCCUUAGGCAGCGCAUCCAGGAAGAAAAAUGUUGGAAGAUGUGAGGUAGCAAAAGAGGCUCGAGAAGUUGGUGUGCAUGUCAGGGGCCCAAAUCUUGAUGAAAUGCUUCCUUUGGCAGAUAAAAAAUCAAAUCCAUUAAUUUUACAGUCCAGAAACUCAGGGGCUUGCAGUCUUUCAGCUUAUAGCUUCAUAGACUUUUGGGAGGAUGGCUCUCGGAAGAGCUUACCGAUCUUUAAAUUUGAAACAAUAAAAGAGGCCCUCUCAUGUGCAAAGCAAGAUGAAAAUACUGAGAGGAAUAACUACCUGAACGAGAAAAUGAUUUCAAGAAAUGACGUUUUAGAAUGUACAGAUGGUGUUGCGGUUUGUGCUGCGACCAGUUGUGAUAGCGAGUUGGAAACGGUUCCUAUUAUCUCAUCGGCAGAAAGGGAGCAUACUUCUUAUGCUCCGGAAGCUUCUGGUGACGAGAGACUCUUAAAUGAAUAUUCCAAGGAAGAAUCAUCUUAUUCAAACUUAUCCAGAAUAAGCCCUCCAGAGUUCCAGGACAACCUGAAGAGAACCUACCAGCAGAGCCCGGACUCGGUUCUCGAACAAUUUGAUAUUCAAAAUUUUUCUUCUUUCGAAAAUUUUGACGGCAUUGGUGGCCUACUGCUGCAACUUGAAGCUUUAGACUUCGAUUUAGAAGAAACUUACUCUGAAGGAUCAGUGAUGCUUGUAUCGGGAGACGAAGAUUUGGAUGAACGGUUGAAUGAUGUCGUUUGUGAUCCCGAACUCGUAAAAACGUGGGUUGGGGACAGCAGAAGCAAAAUCUACUCUUACAUGGUCGAUGUUUUAGACAAAUCCGGUUUUUGUGGUGCGAAAUCAUUUACUGACUUCAGGACAUGGCAUUCGCUGGAGUGCCCGAUAAGCCCUUCUGUGUUCGAGGCUGUAGAGAAAAAAUACGGCAAACAGACAGCCUGGGCACGCACAGCACGCGCCACCGCCGUCCGGCGCAACACCGCCGGCGCCGUCCCUAACGUGUCCGUGUUCUCCAUAGACGACCAUUCUGAAUCAUUGAUAUAA